AUGUAUUUCAACAAACUCGCAACCGCAGCUGCGUUAAUAAGUGUUGUGGCAGCAGUGCCAUCACCACAAAAGGGGACGAACAACGGUGCUACAGCCGCCAAUGGGAAUGAUGCUUCACUUACAUUAGCAUCAAAUGCCAUUCAAAGUGGCUCAUUUGCCGAUGGUUCAGGAGAGAUUGGUGCGGCGGAAGUUGGACAAGCAAAAUCAGCAACUUCGAAAAAUAACUUCAUCAACUUUUGUGCUGGUGAAAAAUUGACAAAUGGCCUACAAAUCACCACAGGAUCAUGUAACGGUAUCCCAAUGGGAAGAAUUCCAGCAAAAACCGCCAUGGUAUCUUCAACUAUUAUCAAUCCUCCGACAGGUGGAAAGGGCAUCCCCGCAGAUACAACCUUUAACAUCACAGUUCAAAUGUCUAAUCUCGUCGCCGGCUCAUUCACCAACGCCGACUCCACUUACUUCUCGGCACCUCAAGAUCUUUCAGGUGGAAAAGUAGUAGGCCACACCCACGUUACCGUUCAAGACCUUGGUAGCUCGUUAAACCCAAAACAAGCUCUCGACGCCACUCAAUUCGCCUUCUUUAAAGGUAUCAAUGACGCAGGAAAUGGUCAAGGUCUUCUUUCCGCUGUCGUCACUGGUGGUCUUCCAGCUGGAAAUUAUCGAGUUUGCACAUUAGCUUCUUCAUCCAAUCAUCAACCUGUCAUUAUGCCAGUUGCUCAACGAGGCACAGCAGACGAUUGUACAAAAUUUGUCGUAACGGGUUCAGGUACCACUGCAAAUGCAAAUUCGGAUAAUGGAUCAGGUGGACAAGCAGCUGCUGCGUUGGCGGCAAGUGCGGUAAAUGCUGGACCAAAUAAUUCGGUGGCUUCUUCGGCUACUGCAACAGCUACUUCGAAAAAUUCCGCAGCUAAUGGUAAUAAUGCUGGUGCAGCAAAUUCAGCUAAUAAGGGUAAUUCUGCUGCACAAGGAGGAAAUAAAAAUCAAGGUCAGGCGGGAAAUCAAGGUCAGGGAGCAAAUCAAUUUCAAGGUCAGGCAGGACAGAAUAGUGGUGCAAAUGCUGCGCAGGAAGAAAGAAAGGGUAAGCAGGCAAAGAGACGUCGUUCGAGAUUUGAUUUUAUUGUUUAG